AGUGAUAAAGCUCUAAAUCUGUAUUAAGGCAUCGGAUUGAUCGGGUGGGCUCUAUGCAACAUUUGAUUUGACGAUAUGGGGGAUUUUAAUGCCUUAUUCUAAAUGUGCUGAUGAAAUUUACUAAAGAUCCUGCAGCAUCAGACUAAUCACAGUCUGGUGGACCCAUAAGAACCCAAUUUAGUCACUCUCUGCAGACUGGUAUCCCUUUCUAAUCCUCGCGUCAGGAUCCAGUGAAAACUUUCUUUCAAGCAAGUUUGGAUGUGGCAAGCAAAUUGCAGACGGAUGCAUAAUUUAUCAGACUGGAUUUCCGAGACCAUGAUGGGAGGCUGUGUGGGAAGGAGCAGGAUGGAUGGACAAGGGAGUGCCCGAGGCUCGACAAGGAGCAAAAAACGUGGAGCACGCAAUGAACCACUCAAGAAGGAGCGUCCUAAAUGGAAAAGCGAGUACCCGAUGACAGAGGGCCAGCUGAGGAGCAAGAGAGAUGAAUUCUGGGAUACAGCUCCAGCCUUUGAUGGACGGAAAGAGAUCUGGGAUGCACUCAGAGCCGCGGCGCUAGCGGUGGAGUGCAAUGACCUGGAGCUCGCGCAGGCUAUAGUGGAUGGAGCCUGCAUCACUCUGCCCCACGGCUCGCUCACAGAGAGUUAUGAUGAACUUGGCAACCGCUAUCAGCUCCCAGCAUACACUUUGGCCCCGCCUGUCAACCUCAUCACUGAAGCAAGCAGCGAGAACAAAGUGUCUGACCCCACACAGAAACAAGCUCAACCCCCACCGUCCAGGGAAGAGUUCCAGCUGCGAGUGCGAUUAUCAACAGGAAAGGAUCUGCGUCUGACUGCCAGCCUGGCCGACUCCAUCGCUGAGUUAAAGAAACAAUUGGAAAAGCAAGAGGAAAUUGAGGUGACCCGUCAGAGGUGGUUCUUCUCCGGGAAGCUUCUCACAGACAAGACCCGUCUGCAAGAUGCCAAGAUCCAGAAGGACUUUGUAGUCCAAGUGAUAGUGAACAUAAAUCCUGCAGUCAUAACCAACUGAGAAGAGAAACAGGAGCGUUGAAGUGGAGGAAAGAGAGGGCUGCAGGAACAGGAAUAGGGCCUGAACGGUGUUUCCAGCUGGUACUGCAGUGAAAAGUGACAUUUUGUGUACAAUUUUAUAUAAAAACCUAUUGCUUUUUUUAUUGCUCCUUUUUUUCUAUUUUUCCUUUUAAUUUCUUUUUCCAAAUGAUGUACGAUUAUUGAAAAGCACUGAAACACUUUAGAUUCAUGGUAGAGCCCUAAACUGUCCGUCCCGGUGUCUGUCUGGCUGUCUGACCUGAAAACACAGCCCUGUUGUGGACGUGGGUUCCCCUCCUCGUCAUGUUUGUGUGUCCUUGUGCUUAUUGAUGACUUGAACACGGUUCACCUGAGGGUCCAAAUAAGGAAAAUCCACUCUUUUAUUUCUUUCUGUCUUUCUUUUUUGAAAAGUAGAAAGAAAACUAUUUGUAACUUUAAAUAUCUGAUUUAAGUGUGUGUUUUUUUUUGUUUUUUUUUUUGGUCAUGUACAUGUGGCACAGUACAUUAUCAGCUCACACCUGUAUCGUCGCGAUAAAGACGCAGAAUGUACUGAAAGCUCCUUUCUAAAAGGUAAUAAGAGAUGAUUAGGUUUUUUUUCAGUUUUUUAUUUAUUUAUUGAUUGAUUUCAACUCUUAAAACAACUGUACAAACACACUAUAGUUUUAUGUACAAUAUGAUGCUCACUGUACUUGAAUAACUUAAUAAAUAUCGUGAACUUAAACCCCUUCUCUGCUUUUGUGAU